UUGUGCUACUCCAUCCAUCCAAACUACACCUCGGUUAGGUGUAAUACAUGCAAUAGAUGGAGUCAUCUUAAGACCUGCUCAGGCCGACUGACCAACAGACGACCUCCACAGUCCAUAGGAGUUAAAACAGGCAGUAUGACUCCCAUUAUGAUCAGCCAGGAGUUUCAAUUUAACUGAAACGGAAGAAGACCGAGAACUGUUCCCACGACAGUCGGGUCUAAGUAACCGGAGCGGACCCGGUUUUUUUAACCGGCGAAAGACCAAUUUCCACAACAGUAAGUUCUAUGAUAUUGGAAUCGGCCAGGGGCUGUUAUUUCGGCGAUCUAACCCUGUUUGGAUCAGUAAGGAAGACAUUAUUGUUUUGAAUUGAAGAGACGAUGCCCUAUGACCCUCGGACAUAAUGCGAAGGAAAGAAGAAAAAGUUAGCGAGAACGCAGACAAGGGCACAAAGACUCUUCUGGAUUUUGUUAUCAAACUGGAUCAUCACACCUAUUCAAAAGUAUACAGCUGAUGACUGUUGACAAUUCAAAAGAUGACAAAGAGUACUUACAAACACAAGGAACUGCUACCUGUUACCGUUAUGUUGAAAGGAGUUUGAGGAGUGGAAAAGUGAAAAAUGUAAUCAAUGCAAAUGAUCAGUGCAGCUCAUAAAGUACAAAAAUUAAUCAAAGUUGGUAUAAACAGGAUGCAUAGCUCUGUAGAAGAUGUGCAGCUGAACUCACUACACAUAAAGGUGUUGCCUGCGUUGCAAGACAAUUUUAUGUAUUUGAUUAUCGAUAGCUCAACAAAAGAAGCAGCCAUUGUUGAUCCCGUCGAUCCGGAGAGCGUGCUGGCUGCUGUAAGAGAAGAAAAUGUGCAUCUCACUAAAGUUUUAACUACACACCAUCAUUGGGAUCAUGCCGGUGGUAAUGAAAAGCUAGUAAAACUUUAUGGCAAACCAUUAGCUGUAUAUGGUGGCGACGAACGCAUUGGAGCACUUACAAAUAAAGUCACGCAAGAUGAUAAAUUUGAAAUUGGUAAUCUUAAAGUGAGUUGCCUUUUCACGCCCUGUCACACCACAGGACACAUCUGUUACUUCGUUGAAUCGCCAAAUAGUGACGACAGAGCAGUUUUUACCGGUGACACCCUUUUCCAAGGUGGCUGUGGACGUUUCUUUGAAGGCACACCGGAUCAAAUGUACUCAGCGUUGUGCCAGAAACUAUCUUCUUUGCCGGAAGACACCAAAGUCUUUUGUGGUCACGAGUAUACGUUACAGAAUAUGGCAUAUGCGCGUCAUGUCGAACCCAUGAAUGAGCGGAUUAUGAAACGUAUAGAAUGGGCAAAGUUGCGACGUGCUACCAACGCACCAACUGUACCGUCAACUAUUGGCGAGGAGAAAUCCUGGAAUCCAUUCAUGCGUGUACAUGAGCCUAAUGUACAGAAACAUGCUGGCGAGCAAGAUCCCAUUAAAACAAUGGGCAGUUUACGCAAAGAGAAGGAUAACUUUAAAGCUUAAAGGUUUUUGAUUGAAUGAAUAGAAAAAUGGUGUUGGGUGGUAUGUUAAAUAUUAUGCACACACUUUAAAUAUUUCCAUAACUAAAUAUGUAUGUUUUGUUGUUA